AUGGGGGACGCCGUCGAUCGCACGCUCGUGAAGACAAAGCCGCGCGUGGAGCGCAACCGCGUGCUGGUCACGGGCGGAGCCGGCUUCGUGGGCAGCCACCUCUGCGAGUUCCUGGUCAACAGGGGCGAUCACGUGAUCUGCCUCGACAACUUCUUCACGGGCAGCAAGGAGAACCUGUCCGCCGUGCUGGACAAGCCCAACUUCGAGCUGGUGCGCCACGAUGUGGUGGAGCCGAUCCUGCUGGAGGUGGACCAGAUCUACCACCUGGCCUGCCCGGCGUCGCCCGUGCACUACAA